AUGAGGUGUAGUCAGUACCGCCGGCUGGAAAAUGGCCACCGCUUGUCUGAAAACUACACGCUGAACAAGUCUUUCCGCGCCGACUGGUACACGUGGAUCCGCUCCUACUCACAGAGAGAAAUCACGUAUCCCCGCGACAGGCUCGGUGCCGUGUCGGGAGUCGCAAAGUAUUUUAGCAGAAGACUCGAAGAAAAUGGCCGCCCGGCCGAAUAUCUUGUCGGACUCUGGCGAGACGAGUCUUUGGAACGCGAUCUGCGCUGGGUCAUCACGGAACCCGGACUUUCAUACAAGGAGAUGAUGGAAGCAUUGGACGAAGAGGCGUCAUACUGCGCACCAUCUUGGAGCUGGGCAUCCAGAAAUCAGGGCGUUGACUUCCUCUGCAAAGGGAUCUCCACGACCUUCGAAGUGAAGCAGUGCCGCUUGCCGCCAGCUACCUCCGACGCAACGGUCGCGGUGAAGCCUGGAUCGUACAUCACGCUCCGAGGGAAGCUCGCUCGGACCCCUAUCAAACCGACCGACGGUGUCGCCAUCGACCUUGACGGCGGAUCUUGGCAAUCGAACGUAGCGUGGGAGGUUAACAGUCCUGCCUUCGGUCACAUUCGCUACUACUUGGACUGGGCUCCCACAGCCGGGGAUCUUGCUGAAGAGGACGCUCUCAGUCAGCUUGAACUUCUCCUGCUCGCGAAAGGAUCGGCUCGUGUUGGCAGGGAAUGUUCGGGUAUUCUCCUGCUUCCCUUCGAAAGCUCUCGGGGAUUGUUGUACCGCCGGGUUGGAGCUUUCGACAGUGAUGAUCGUGACAUUCCGUGGUUGACGGAUGUUUUGGAAUCAGAAGUCACCAUUGUUUAA